UGCCUUGAAUUCCGUCCGGGGCGGGCAAGAGAGUUUGUGCUUGCAGGCUAGUGGGGGCUGGAGGGAGAGAAAGAGAGAGAUACACACAGAGAGAAGCGAAAGCAGUUGGGAGCUCUGUGGAAGGGAGAUGAACAACUGAUGCUUAGGCUCAAGGCACAGCGUGAUGCCAUCUUUCAGAGGGGAACCUAAAGUUAAGCAGAUGUCAUGGCUUUCCGGAACAUGAACAGAAAGAGGCAUAUUGGACUGCAGCAACUUUCAGCUUUGGCAUCCACCGGAAGGACAUUUUUAGGACCAGUGAAAUCACUCAAAUUUAUUGUUGAUGAAUGUACUCCUGGUGGUGUGUUGGUUUGUUCUGCAGUAAGACUUCUUGAAAGCUUGGAUUUAACUAGUGCAGUGGGACAACUUCUUAAUGAAGCCAUCCAGGCACAGAACAAAGAAUAUAGAACUGGGACAACUACCCUGUUGUUUCUUGUCAGCAUUUGGAGCAAGGCUGUACUUGAAUGCCUUCAGCAGGGUGUUCCCCUUUCCAUAGUGGUAGCUGAGAUGUUUGAAGGCCUGAACUCUUGCAUUGAACAUCUGCAGUGCCAUACAUUAUCACUACACAACAUGCAGCAAAGACUAUAUGAUAUUCCUUUUAAAUGUGAUGACAAAGCCUCCAAUGACAUCUGUUCUGGCAUUGCUGGAAAACAGGUAAUUGAAAUGAAAACUCCAGAUACCAAAUCCUACAAUAGUUAUUUGCUUGAACAUCCUUAUGAUUAUGCACAAGUAUCAGAAGAAGAAUCAGAAAUUGCUACAAUCCCGGAAGCAAAUGCAUGCUAUUGUCAGGGAAAGUGUGCAUGUCCAGGAGUAUUGACUGCAGGCAGCAGAGUUAGUUCACUAGGUAAAUCAGUCGAAACCAGUUGUGGUUUUACAGUUUGCAAAACUGUGAGUCAGAAAAGCUUUAGCUUUCAAAGCUGUCCUUUGGGUGCCUCAGGCCGUAAGAAAAUAUCAAAAGUAACCCACUUCAGUAGGCACUUAAGCAGUAUAAAGGAAAGUCCUUCACUGCAGCAAACCAAUCAGCUGGCCAAAUGCACAAAACCUUUUAAUGGGUUAAGUGAUUUGGGGCAACUGGCAAUGUCUUUGAGCCAUGGAAAUUGGCACGCAAUGAAACUGGUACAGGAUAUUCUCAGAUGCCAGCUGCAGACUGCCAACAGAAUGGCUGUUGUCCAUCCUUUCCAAUUGAAUAUUUCAGAAGUUGUGACGUGUUGUUUACCAGGCAUGUCUGAAAGUCAUUCUUGUGUCUGUCCUGGGUACAUCACUUUAUUACACCCAGAGAAAGUUGCUGUUGCUAAGCAGCUCCAGGAUAGGCCUCUUCGUAUUAUUCUUGCCGAUGGUGACCUGAGCGAAACAUACCACCAUCUGGGGUUUAACAGGUCACAGAAUGUAAGAAUGUUCUUAGAAAGUCCAGCUGCGGAAGACAACAGCUCAAGAUUGUGGGUCAACUCCAUGUUGGAUAUUCUGAUUCAGUCCAGGGUAAAUCUAAUUUUGGUACGAGGCAACACAUCAGCAAGUUUAGAAGAAAGAUGCCUGCUGAAUAAGAUAGUGACAAUUAACGGGGUAGCUGACAAUGUAUUGAAGGCUUUUAGUGAUGUUACAAGAGCAGACAGAGUGACUUACCUCACCCAAGUCAAUGAGCAUUGCAUAGGUGAGGGUGUCUAUCUGAACCUCUGUGGAGAAUUAAAGUUAAGUUGGGUUGGAUUGAAUGGCCAAGUGCCAGUUGCUUUAACAGCAAAAGGCAUUCACCUGAUAACAGCUGUGCUUAGUUGCCCGGUUAUAUCCAAGAUGCAAGCCACCGAAGAUCAGUUUUGGACCUGCGCUCACCGUGUGCAUCAUGCCCUUCUUGAUCAAGCAGUCUUUCCAGGAGGUGGCACCGUGGAGCUCCUGUGUCUUGCUUAUCUUGAGAAUCUGGAGAAAGCAGCCAAGAAUUCCAGGGAAGAAGGGUUUCAUGAUGGCCACUCUUGGCUUGCAAAAACUUCAGAGCAAUAUAAAGCUCUUGUGCUCAAUGCUUUGUCACGCGGUUGGCAUCAGUACAUUUGUACCGUUAUGUGUAACAGUGCAGACUCUGCAUCGGAGCUUGAAGCCAGCACCUUUAUACAACAGCAUCUCAGGAAAGCAGCCUUGAGUGGUGUGCCGUCCACCUACCUGCUGGAUGAGUUUAAAAAGGGGAGGAUGGGAACAGCAAGCCCUGAACACGGUGGGACAUUUGAAAAGCCUCUGAAAGUAUAUGACAAUGUUACUGCCAAGAUGGAAGCGUGGCGUAGAGCUCUAGAUUUGGUGCUGUUAGUGCUUCAAACAGAUGCUGAAAUUAUCACAGGGCCUAAGAGGGAUCAGUUGCUAAAGUCGCAGGCCUCAAGUGAGUUCAUGUUUUUGUAAGUAAUGUGCAGGCCUGCAUAUGGUUAUGUUAACAAGUAUUCCUGGCCAAGUUCAGAAGCAAAAAAUAUAUGACGAGAAUAAAAUUCAGAAUGAUUGCCUU